GAAGAAACCGCUGGUCAAACGCCAAACUGUUCCAAGGUUUCCAGAGAAAGGAGCAUGGCCUUCGAGUGGCCGCCGGGGGUGACCAAAGGCGCCGGAUGGGGAAUGAAAUAGGACUUCUCCAUCGGAAGGUGUAGCAGCGACGCGAUGGUGAGGACGCGGGCCAGCUGCAUAGCCGCCCGCCACAGAAUGGCCAAAUUGGCUCGCCUUACGCGGGCGCUGCCGUACGCAACGGCCGCGGUUGCACGAGGAGCGGUGCAGAUGAGAGGAGCCCGGCUUGAAACAGGCAUCCUGAAUCCCGGGCGCUGGGCCAGACGGCGGAAUGCAAGACGGGACGGAUUGAGGGCGACGGGCAGAGCGCCGCGAAAUUUUGCACGGCGGGGAUGACGACGGUGGGCGUGCGGGCGGCAGGGAAGACAGCGCGGCAGGCCUCAGCCAGGACGGCGUCGGGGAGG